GGUAAGAAGUAAGAACUAAGAAGUGAAAACUGAAAAUACACUUUUUCUUUUUGGGUAGAUUUCAAGUCUGACCUGGAGAUUGUCACUAGUGCACCAGAGAACGUGCAACACUCCGAAACUGGCUCUAUGGAGCUAGCAGGGGGUUAUGUGACGGCCAUGGCCGUUGAAAAUUGUUGAACUUGACCACAGGGUCUUCCAGGGAAGCUCUCUUUUUCAUUUUCCAAUGGUAAAAGUCUUCUCGUGGAACUGUAGGGGUGCCAAAGACCCCAAGUUUUUGUCUACUUUUAAGCUUUAUGUUGUGAACCAUAAACCAGACAUUGUGUGUAUUGUUGAACCAAGGAUAAGCGGUGAUGAUGCCCUUAAUGUCAUUAAACAGAUGGGGUAUGACACAUGGAAGGUCUCUGAUGCUGUGGGAUUUAGUGGUGGUAUUUGGGUUCUUUGGAAUAAUAGCUACCUGCAGAUGGAAGAGCUGGAUAAGCAUAAACAGUUUCUGAAUCUUAAGUGUUCCAUGGCGAACAAGGACAGUUUCCAGCUCACAGCAGUGUAUGCUAGCCCCAAUGAACACGAAAGAGGGCAGCUUUGGGAGGCAAUGAGAGGCAUGGAAAGAAGAAACAACUUGCCGUGGCUUAUCACAGGGGACUUCAAUUCCAUCUCUCGUUCAUGGGAAAAGCAAGGGGGGGCUGGUUUCUGCUUUGCCAAAGCCCGAGCUUUUAACAGCUGUAUUGAGGACUGCGGUUUGAUCGACUUGGGGUUUUCUGGCCCUAAGUUCACAUGGUUUACUAAAGGCUCUAGGAUUAAGGAGAGGCUGGAUCGUAGCCUGUGCAACAUUGACUGGCAACAACAGUUUCCUAUGACCACCACUCUCCACCUUCCGAAGCUGAAAUCUGAUCGUAGACCUAUCCUUACAUACACUUCGGAGGAACCUCAACAGAAGAAUCUGGUGAGACGUUUCCAUUUCUUUGCUUCCUGGCUUUCCCAUGAUAAUUUUUUUCCUUUCCUCGAAUCCUGUUGGAAAGGGGGCAGUGAUUUCCCUUCUGCUUUGCAGAGUAUCUCUGAAGCUCUCCAGAAGUGGAAUAAAGAGGUGUAUGGUAACAUUUUCAGGAGAAAGAAGCAGCUCCUGAAUGAACUGAAGUCCCUGGAAAUGCUCAACGAAAGAAGGCCUUCAAGAAGCUCGCUGGCAAGAGAGCAGGAGGUCAGAGUUUCCUUGGAGCACACGUUGUGGGAAGAAGAACUUCUGUGGACCCAAAAAGCCAGAGCCAACUGGGUAUUAAGAGGAGACAUGAACACCAGAUUCUUUCACAACAGUUUCCUCAGCAGAAGAAGAAGGAAUAAAAUCACUACUCUCAAGGAUGACCAAGGAAACUGGGUGGUUGAUGAAGACUCUCUACAAAAAUUGGCCAGGGAGUACUUCCUUACUUUGUUUUCUAAAGAUUCUGAUGUUUUGUCUUGCUGUGUGCCUGUUGAUUUCCCUGUGCUUGACAAUAGUCUUCUGAACAAACUGAACCAGACCCCUUCCUGUGAAGAAGUCAGAGCCACGGUUAUGGCUAUGAAUGGCCUCAAGGCACCUGGGAAAGAUGGUUUCCAAGCCAUCUUUUACCAGAAGUGUUGGACCUUGAUUGGUGCUGAUUUUUCUAGAUUCAUUUGUUCCUGUUUUGUCUCCCCUAGUAAAAUUCAGUCUCUGAAUGAGACUCUCCUGACCUUGAUACCUAAAGUAGAAAACCCUACUUCCAUGAACCAAUUUAGACCAAUUAGUUUGUGUAAUGUUGGGUAUAAAGUUGUGACUAAGAUUCUGGCUAACUGGUUAAAACCACUCAUGCCCACUCUUGUCAAGAACAACCAAUCCUAAGAAAUAAUAUUGGUACACAUCUCUUCGAUGUGUACGACCAUGAUCUUGGUCAGUGGCUUUACUAUGAUGUAAUGGGUACUACCCACGAACGUCUUAUUAUGAUUAAUACAAUUUAGGCGCUUUCGCGCCAGUCCUUUUACAAAAAAAAAAGAAUCGGGAAAACACUUUCCUUCUUCCUAAAGGUGUUUCAAAGCAAGUGCAAGGACUUCAAGAGUGAUUGUGUUCCAACUUUGUGUGGUAUCUAGUCAGAGGAACUAAAGUUAUAACUAGGGUGGAAAUCGGUACGGUAUUGGUAUCCCAAUAUCAAAUUAUAUCUUAGAAUCAAUUUCAAUCUCAAUCCUUAAGCAAUUUUCGGUAUCCCAAUCCCUAAAUAUUUUGGUAUCCCAAUCGGUACUUGGGUAUCCCAAUCAGUAUUAUUGAAUACGAAAUUAAUUACCUUUACAAUUAAUAAUUAAACAUAUAAAAUAGAUUUGAUUGUUUAAUACAUGACAAAAAAACUAAACAAAGAGUUUUGAGUUUGGCUAGAGCUAGAAUAUGGAUAAGGAGAAUGGAGUAGAGGUGACAUCUCAAGUUUUUGUCAUUGGUAAUCUUUAAUUUGACGAAAUGGAGGCUUAGAGAAGACUAAUACUAGUGUUUGCUUUUUGGUGUUAUGAAAAUAACAAUAGAUUGGUGGUUGAGGGGUUGUGUAGUAGUGAAUGAGAGAGUCUAGUUGAGAGGAUAAAAUACACACUCGCUUAUAUUUCGGUAUUGUUCGCUAUUUCGGUAUAUACCGAUCCCAAUCCCGUAAUCCCUAAUACCGAAUAACAAUUGAAAUUGAAU